GAAAGACAGACAGACAGACAGGCAGGCAGACAGACAGAAAGACAGACUGGCAGGCAGAAAGACAGACAGGCAGACAGGCAGGCAGACAGUAUGAGUGAUUGAUUUCAGGAGGCGGGCCCCUGGCCCCCUGCAGACUCCCCUGCCCACAGACGGAGCCGCCUCUGCCACUCUCGUCAGCCGUAACUGCGCGCUGUCAUGGAGCCUCCGGACUUUGGGGCUCUAAACUUGACGCGGGAGCUCCCGCCCUCGGGUCACCCGCUCUGUGAGGCGUGGGGGUCCCGCGCAGAGGGCCCCGUUUUCCACCUGGGGCACAUCCUCCUCUUUCUCGGAUUCUCGGGCGGCAGCGGCUCUUACGGGCGCCUCUAUUCGUUUUCCUUGCUGACACUCGGCUUCCUGUGCAGUUCUCUGGAGUCCUGGUCGGACCCGUGCUCGGUCGAGUCGCUCCUAUGGAACCUGGCGCUGUCGUGCGCGUGUCUGGGGCAGACAGUCCUGGUCGCGUUCCGGCUGAGGAGCCUGAGCUUCAGCGGGGACCUGCGGAGGCUCUACGACUGUGUCUUCCGGCGGCUCGGGGUGUCCCUCGCGCACUUCGGAGAGAUCAUAGCCUGCAGCGACCCGGACGCGCACGUGCUUGAGAAGGAUCACUGCUUCGCCGUGGAGGGAAAAACCUCAAUCGACAAGCUGUCAGUGCUGCUGGCGGGCAGAGUUCGAGUAUCAGUUAAGGGAGAGUUCCUGCACUACAUCUACCCCUUCCAGUUCCUGGACUCUCCGGAGUGGGAUUCUCUGAGGCCCUCGGAGGAAGGACUCUUCCAGGUGACCUUGCAUGCUGAUGAGACCUGUCACUAUGUGUGCUGGCGGAGGAAGAAGCUCUACCUACUUUUUGCCAAACAUCGGUACAUUGCCCGGAUCUUCGCUUUGGUGGUGCGCAAUGACAUUGCAGAGAAGCUGUACUCGCUUAGCGACAAGGCCGUCAAUAGAUCUGGGCACCGCUAUGACCUCCGUCUGCCAACGUUCUGCCACAAGCCAGCGAUAUCUGUGGAAGAUGCAGAUGAAAAGAGACAGGGUGAGAUGGCAGCCUGAGAACAAUUACUGCAUUCAGAGGGAAGGAUUACUGCCUCUCACCUGCUGCAUGUCUGAAACAAGUUGAAGCAUUCUUCUCUGUAUCAUCUUCCAUAUCACGAUCUGUUGUAAAUCCCUCAUCAGGUCAGUUUUGUCAUCUGUAGAUCCUCUCCAGCGUUAAGAGAUCCCUCAGUAGCUGCUGAUCCGCCUCCAUCAGCUCCACAUUCUCAACCAUUUAAGUUUACAUCUUCCCACAGAAACUCCGUUAUGUUUCCUGUCUGAUGUUUUGAAGGUUCUCAUGGUUCUAAAGAAACUUUGAGCUUCUGUUCUUAAAAAGUCUGUUUCUGAAGGGUCAUCUACCAUUAGGAUGAGAUUUGGACCUUGACUAGAUAAUUACAGCUACAUGAGUUUUUGUUUGUUUCAGUUUUUGUUCUUUAGAUGCAGAAGGAGUGAACUUUGUGGUCAUUGUAAAAUAUAAAAAAAAUGAAAAAGCAAUCAAUUUCAGCUGGCACACAGAAAUGCAAAGAUGAUGGUUAAUAAAAAGAGACAAGUUAAAACAUUGAAAAAAGACACGGGUCCUGGCAGCACUGAAGAUGGGAUAGCUUUGGAAAUAAAAAAAGUUUUAGUCUGGCCUUGACUUUGUUUCCCUGAAAGACUCCUGCUGUUCUGGUUCGGUUGAGAUAGAGUAAAUAAAAGCUGUGCUAAAAGAAGCACAAAUAAUUAGUAUGCUAACAUUUUGGUCACUUCAUCAGGACAUUACUUCCAACUGCUGCCUUUGCAAAUGAUUCUACCAUUAGAAAGAGAAAGCCACAAAUUAUUGUCAACAAAGCAUUGUGUGAUGAGAACAUUUUGAACAUUUCUAAAGUUCUUGCAACAAUAAUGUGUAAAUGAGGCCCAUUGUGUUGUUGAUACCAGUGUGAGAUCAGAUCAAACCCACAUCAUCAUCUCUCCUCGACCAUAUCUCACAGUUAAAAAUUCUUCUCCGUAAUCUCCAUGUUUGUUUGUUUUUUCUUAAGAAAACUUGUUUUUGAGGGGGCCUUCAUGGUCCAAAAACCAAAACAAAACACUGAGAUCUUUGCAAUUUUGGUGUUCAAAUCCAGUGAAGAAACAAACUUCUUCAGAAUGUGAUCCAAACUGGUAUUUGGUUGCAGUUUAAGAUCCGCUUGUUUAUGCUUGGAAACUAAAAGUGACUUAAUCAUUGCAGCAGCCUGACAUGACGUGCUUCUUAGAAAAUGCGAAUUGUGGUUCUGCCAAAUUUGUUGAUUAAAUAGAAUUUCUUUCUUUUCUGCUUGUAAAACUCAAUAAAUGAAAACCAAAAAAAUCACAUCAGAACGAAGUGUCCUU